AUGCUGACGGACAAGUUCCUCCGCCUGCAGACCGCUUUCUUUCGCGUUCUCGGACUCAAAUUGUUGCACGAACAGGAUGUUGGCCAUCGAUAUCCUUGGCGCAGCAUCUGCUGCAUCCUCUCGGUGGCUAGCUUCAUGCCCCUGACCAUCGCAUUUGGCCUGCAAAACGUCCAAAAUGUGGAGCAAUUAACCGACUCGCUCUGCUCGGUUCUCGUGGAUUUGCUGGCCCUGUGCAAAAUCGGAAUUUUCCUUUGGCUUCACAAGGACUUCAAGUUUCUAAUAGGGCAGUUUUAUUGUGUUUUGCAAAGGGAAACUCACUGCGCUGUCGCUGAAAUGAUAGUGACCAGGGAAAGUCGUCGGGAUCAGUUCAUCAGUGCUUUGUAUGCCUACUGUUUCAUUACGGCUGGCCUUUCGGCCUGUCUGAUGUCCCCUCUGUCCAUGCUGUUCAGCUACCAACGAACAGGUGAAUUGCAGCCGGACUUUCCCUUUCCCAGUGUAUAUCCCUGAGACAAUAUGAACCUGUCCAACUACAUCAUUUCCUAUUUCUGGAAUGUGUGUGAUGCACUGGGCGUGGCACUGCCCACCGUUUGUUUGGACACACUGUUCUGUUCUUUGAGCCAUAAUCUCUGUGCCCUGUUCCAGAUUGCCAGGCACAAAAUGAUGCACUUCGAGGGCAGGAAUACGAAAGAGACUCGUGAGAACUUAAAGCACGUGUUUCAACUAUAUGCGGUGUGUUUGGACCUGGGCCAUUUCUUAAACGAAUACUUCAGACCGCUCAUCUUCGCCCAGUUUUUGGCAGCCUCACUGCACUUGUGUGUCCUGUGCUACCAACUGUCUGCCAAUAUCCUGCAGCCAGCGUUACUCUUCUAUGCCGCAUUUACGGCAGCAGUUGUUGGCCAGGUGUCCAUAUACUGUUUCUGCGGAUCGAGCGUCCAUUCGGAGUGUCAGCUAUUUGGCCAGGCCAUCUACGAGUCCAGCUGGCCCCAUCUGAUGCAGGAAAACCUGGAGCUUGUAAGCUCCUUAAAAAUUGCCAUGAUGCGAUCGAGCUUGGGAUGUCCCAUCGAUGGUUACUUCUUCGAGGCCAAUCGGGAGACGCUCAUCGCGGUGAGGAAAGCGUUUAAAAAUCGUUUAUAA